GCUUUAGAGGCGGGGGAUAGAAAAUGUGCAAGAUGAUACAUAUGUGCUUCAGUUCCUCUGAGGAGAAGCCGGAUUCAGCAGAGCUAGUCUAGCAGUGAAAGAGAGGUUUUGGUUUUUUUUUUGGGGGGGGAAGAAGAUGGUUUCAAUUGAAUCGCAAUCUCUGGUGCCGGUGUCCUGCGCACAGGCUCUGCUCGGUGUCGGCUGUUUGGCUGUCGCCCUCCUCGCUUUUCUGCUGGUUCGCCAGCUCGUCAAGCAGAGAAGACCCCCGGGCUUUCCUCCUGGUCCAUCUCCCAUCCCUGUGAUAGGGAACAUUAUGUCUCUGGCCACCGAGCCGCACGUCUUCCUCAAGAAGCAGAGCGAAGUUCAUGGACAGAUUUUCAGUCUUGACCUGGGAGGCAUCCUGACCGUGGUAUUAACUGGAUAUGACUGUGUCAAGGAAUGUCUCUACCAUCAAAGCGAGGUGUUUGCCGAUCGCCCAUCGCUGCCUUUAUUCAAGAAAAUGACCAAAAUGGGUGGGCUUCUCAACUGUAAAUAUGGCAAAGGCUGGAUUGAACACCGUAAACUGGCCUGCAACUCGUUCCGCUACUUCGGCAGCGGCCAGAAACAGUUUGAGAGGAAGAUCUCAGAGGAGUGCAUGUUCUUUGUCGAUGCCAUUGACGAACACAAGGGAAAGCCCUUCAACCCAAAGCACCUGGUAACCAACGCCGUGUCCAACAUAACCAACCUGAUCAUUUUUGGACAGCGCUUCACGUACGACGACCGCAACUUCCAGCACAUGAUCGAGAUAUUCAGUGAGAAUGUGGAGCUAGCAGUGAGCGGCUGGGCCCUCCUCUACAAUGCCUUCCCUUGGAUUGAGUAUCUUCCAUUUGGGAAACACCAGAAGCUGUUCCGCAAUGCUGCUGAGGUGUAUGACUUCUUGCUUGAGAUUAUAGGGGUUUUUUCACAGGGCAGGGUGCCACAUGCACCCCGCCACUUCGUUGAUUCCUAUUUGGAUGAGUUGGAUCAGAGCGCAGGAAAACCCAACUCCUCUUUUUCCUAUGAGAACCUCAUCUAUUCAGUGGGUGAGCUGAUUAUUGCUGGCACAGAGACCACGACUAACACCCUGCGCUGGGCCAUGCUGUACAUGGCUCUCUACCCCAACAUACAAGAGAGGGUGCACAGGGAGAUCGACAGUGUGCUGGCCAAUGGGAGGGCACCCACUUUGGAGGACAAACAGAAGAUGCCCUAUGUGGAGGCUGUUCUGCACGAGAUCCUUCGCUUCUGCAACAUUGUCCCCCUUGGUAUUUUCCGUGCCACCACCCAGGAUGCAAAAGUCAACGGGUACACAAUUCCCAAAGGCACCAUGGUGAUCACAAACCUCUACUCAGUGCACUUUGACGAGAAGUACUGGAACGAUCCAGGUGCUUUCUCACCACAGAGGUUUCUGGACAGCAAUGGCAACUUUGUGAGGCGUGAGGCCUUCCUGCCAUUCUCCUUGGGGAGGCGGUGCUGCCUGGGCGAACAGCUGGCCAGGAUGGAGAUGUUCCUCUUCUUCACCACUUUGCUGCAGAGGUUUCAUCUUCAGUUCCCUCCAGGAAGCGUUCCCACCGUCACUCCCAAACUGGGCAUGACCCUACAGCCCAAACCUUACUCCAUCUGUGCUGUCCGCAGGCAGUAGAAAAGUCCCAGCUCUGGAGACACUCCUUAUCACAAUUAGGCAAACAGGAAUUUAUUACAGCUUGUUCAAAUGUUCAAGCCAGAAUUUAACUAUUUUGCACAGCAAUGCAACCACACGAUACAGGUGCUUAAAACUGUAUCGCUCUGGACUGUAGCGUCCAGUUCCUGUGCAUCACAGUUUUUUCCAAAGGACUUUUAGCGAUAAAAGUAGCUCUUUAUGUAUGGACAUUUCAUCCAGUUUAUUCAAUUACUAUUGAAUUAUUUUACUGAGCAAUAUGCAUGUUUGCACAUUACUUUCAAGCAGAAAGGGGGACGACAAAAGCUCGUUGCUGAAAGACAUUCUGGGAAUACUUGUGUGCUAUUGAUUUAGUUCUCUGUAGCUCAGAAGUGCUCUGAACCCAGAAAAUGAAAUGUCUAUGAACCUUGGUGCGGUAGCGAUGGGUUAGGUGUAUGUCAAUGAUUGAUAGUAAGUACAUCUAUGAUGGAUCAUAGCCCUGCUUCCUCAGGACAGCUCCAGGUCAGACAAAUGACAUCACUGAUUUGUACGUGUGGGGCGAAAUGUGACUUUCCAAGAAAGUUCUGAACACAGUGUGUGUUGGAGCUGGACGUGGGCCAUUUCCUGGCCUGACUCUGACCCUUCCUCUGGGGAUUGUGCUCUCUGGAAAAUGUUUCUCUUGGAAGGCAAAUGCAACCCUGGUGGAUUUCUAGAAACUGACUAUGCAACACUGGUUUCUGCUAAAUGGUGCUUAUCAGUACUAACAGAGUACUGCAUUUAUGUUUGAGGUUAACGUUUGUUUGUCCUUUUUUUUGCAAUACUGGUGGUGAGUUUUUUGUGUGUAUUCAUAAAGUCUUUCUUAAGAUAU